AAGGCGGCGGCGGCGCUUAGUGCUCGGGGUUGUGCGCUGGGGACUGGCGUCUUUACGAAUCUGUCUGCGUUUUGUGCGCCCUGGAGCGGAGCGGGGAACCCGGCAUCCAGCAGCUCCGAGCAGCUUUCUCCUGCGACACCCGCGAGGGUACAAGUCUGUGCCCGAGUGGCCGCCCUGCCUCUCCUCUAGCCCCGCUCCUCUGGCGCUAGCCCUCCGGCACCCGCGACUCAGCUCAGCUCGGCCGAUCGAGGCUAUGGACUCGGAGGAUGACCCCUUGCUGCAGGAUGUGUGGCUAGAGGAGGAGCAGGAGGAGGAGGAAGCAAUGGGUGAGGCCUUUAGGGGGUCCCAGAAGCCGAGGCCCCGACCUGGGGCAGGGGGGCAGUGUUGCUGGAGGCACUGGACCUUGCCUUCCCGACCCCCCGCUUCCGGCUUCUGGACUACCCUGGGCUGGGCCUUCACCAAUCCGUGCUGUGCGGGUCUGGUGCUCUUCCUGGGCUGCAGCAUCCCCAUGGCGCUGUCGGCCUUCAUGUUCCUCUACUACCCGCCGCUGGACAUUGACAUCUCCUACAAUGCCUUUGAGAUCCGCAACCACGAGGCCUCCCAGCGUUUUGAUGCCCUUGCCUUGGCGCUCAAGUCCCAGUUUGGAUCUUGGGGGCGCAACCGGCGCGACUUGGCUGACUUCACCUCCGAGACGCUUCAGCGCCUCAUCUCGGAGCAGCUGCAGCAGCUCCAUCUCGGCACCCGCCCGCGGCAGGCCUCUAGAGCCCCGCGCACUGUCUCUGCUGCCUCAGAGCAAGUGUCCCCUGCCCAAAAGCCAGCAGCCAAUUGGGGCGGGCGUCUUCGGCGUGGGGCCCUGCCCUUGGUGGAUCUGCCGGCUAAAGUGGAUCUGACGGCUAACCGGAGUGAAGUUCCACGGAACGAGGAACCCGACAAGAAUAGGCGACGCCAGCCCAGCUCCCUGGCCCCAGCAGAGGCUGCAGCCAAUCAGAGCCGUGCCCGCCGAGGCGCCUCGCGCUGGGACUACUCACGCACCUAUGUAAGCGCCAACACCCAGACGCACGCCCACUGGCGCAUCGAGCUCAUCUUCCUGGCGCGCGGUGAUGCCGAGCGCAACAUUUUCACUAGUGAGCGGCUGGUCACCAUCCACGAGAUUGAGCGCAAGAUCAUGGACCACCCCGGCUUCCGGGAGUUCUGCUGGAAGCCCCAUGAGGUGCUCAAGGACCUGCCACUAGGCUCCUAUUCCUACUGCUCUCCGCCCAGCUCGCUCAUGACCUACUUCUUCCCCACUGAGAGGGGUGGCAAGAUCUACUAUGAUGGCAUGGGCCAGGACCUGGCUGACAUCCGGGGCUCCCUAGAGCUGGCCAUGACUCACCCUGAGUUCUACUGGUACGUGGAUGAGGGCCUCUCCGCAGACAAUCUGAAGAGCUCCCUCCUGCGCAGCGAGAUCCUGUUUGGAGCACCCCUGCCCAACUACUACUCGGUGGAUGACCGCUGGGAGGAGCAACGCGCCAAGUUUCAGAGCUUCGUGGUCACCUACGUGGCCAUGCUGGCCAAGCAGUCCACUAGCAAAGUCCAGGUUCUCUAUGGGGGGACAGACCUCUUUGACUAUGAGGUGCGUAGGACCUUCAACAAUGACAUGCUCCUGGCCUUCAUCAGCAGCAGCUGCAUCGCUGCGCUCGUCUAUGUCCUCACCUCCUGCUCAGUGUUCCUGUCCUUCUUUGGGAUCGCCAGCAUCGGUCUCAGCUGCCUGGUGGCCCUCUUCCUAUACCACGUGGUCUUCGGCAUCCAGUACUUGGGCAUCCUCAACGGGGUAGCUGCCUUCGUGAUAGUGGGCAUUGGUGUAGACGAUGUCUUUGUGUUCAUCAACACCUACCGCCAGGCCACCCAUCUGGAAGACCCACAGCUGCGGAUGAUCCACACCAUCCAGACGGCAGGCAAGGCCACCUUCUUCACGUCCCUAACCACAGCCGCCGCCUACGCAGCUAACGUCUUCUCCCAGAUCCCGGCCGUCCACGACUUUGGCCUGUUCAUGUCUCUCAUCGUGUCCUGCUGCUGGCUGGCCGUGCUGUUCACUAUGCCUGCUGCCCUGGGUCUCUGGAGCCUUUAUAUGGCACCGCUGGAGAGCUCCUGCCAGACCAGCUGCCACCAGAAGUGUGGCCGCAGGAGCUCCCUGCACUUCCCUGGGGAUGUGUUUGCUGCUCCUGAGCGGGCUGGGGGGAGCCCUGCCCAGGGCCCCAUGCCCUACCUGGAUGACGACAUCCCCUUGCUGAACGUGGAGGAGGAGCCAGUGCCACUCGAGCUGGGAGACGUGUCCCUGGUUUCUGUGCCCCCUGAGGGCCUGCAGCCAGUCCCCAACAGGGGCAGCCGGGGCCAGCUCAUCGUUCAGCUGCAGGAGCUGCUGCACCACUGGGUCCUGUGGUCAGCCGUCAAGAGCCGCUGGGUGAUUGUGGGGCUCUUUGUCUCCAUCCUCAUGCUGUCCCUGGUGUUCGCCAGCCGGCUCCGCCCUGCCAGCCGGGCCCCACUGCUCUUCCGGCCCGACACCAACAUCCAGGUGCUACUGGACCUCAAGUACAACCUGAGUGCCGAGGGCAUCUCCUGCAUCACCUGCUCAGGUCUGUUCCAGGAGAAGCCCCACAGCCUGCAGAACAACAUCCGGACAUCUCUGGAGAAGAAGAAGCGAGGCUCGACAGUCCCUUGGAUCAGUCGACCUGAAGCCAUCCUGCAGGACUCCCCAGGUACCGUGUACGUCUCCAGAGUGAAGAGCAAAGGCCACCCAACUGUCUACAGGUUCUCCCUCAAUACCAGCUUGCCUGCCCCUUGGCAGGCCGUGUCCCCUGGGGACGGAGAGGUGGCCUCCUUCCAGGUGUAUAGAGCGCCUUUUGGUAACUUCACCAAGAAGCUGACCGCUUGUAUGUCUACAGUAGGGCUGCUCCAGGCGGCGAGCCCCUCUCGCAAGUGGAUGCUGACGACCUUGGCCUGUGACGCCAAGCGGGGCUGGAAGUUUGACUUCAGCUUCUACGUGGCCGCCAAGGAGCAGCAGCACACCCGGAAACUGUACUUUGCUCAGUCCCACAAGCCCCCCUUCCAUGGGCGCGUGUGUGCAGCACCUCCUGGCUGCCUGCUCAGCUCCAGCCCUGACGGGCCUACCAAAGGUUUUUUCUACGUGCUGAGUGAGAAAGUGCCCAAGGCCCGCCUUUCAGCCACCUUCGGCUUCAACCCCUGCGUGAACACUGGCUGCGGGAAGCCGGCAGUGAGGCCACUGGUGGAUACUGGGGCCAUGGUCUUCGUGGUCUUUGGCAUUGUGGGCAUCAACCGCACUCGGCAGGUGGACAACCACGUCCUCGGAGACCCGGGCAGCGUCAUCUAUGACAGCAGCUUUGACCUGUUCAAAGAAAUUGGGUCCCUGUGUCGCCUCUGCAAGGCCAUUGCAGGCAACUCGGAGCUGGUGAAGCCGGGCGGGGCCCAGUGCCUGCCCUCAGGCUACAGCAUCUCCUCCUUCCUGCAGAUGUUGCACCCCGAAUGCCAGGAGCUGCCUGAGCCCAACCUGCUCCCAGGACAGCUGUCUCACGGGGCAGUGGGCGUCAAGGAGGGCCGUGUGCAGUGGAUCUCUAUGGCCUUCGAGUCGACCACGUACAAGGGCAAGUCCUCCUUCCAGACCUACUCGGACUACCUGCGCUGGGAGAGCUUCCUCCAGCAGCAGCUGCAGACGUUCCCAGAGGGCUCGGCCCUGCGCCGUGGCUUCCAGACCUGUGAGCACUGGAAGCAGAUCUUCAUGGAGAUCAUAGGAGUGCAGAGUGCCCUGCACGGUCUGGUCCUGUCCUUGCUCAUCUGUGUGGCUGCCGUUGCCAUCUUCACCACGCACAUCCUGCUGCUCCUGCCAGUGCUCCUGAGCAUCCUGGGCAUCGUCUGCCUCGUGGUGACCAUCAUGUACUGGAGCGGCUGGGAGAUGGGUGCCGUGGAAGCCAUCUCUCUGUCCAUCCUGGUCGGCUCCUCUGUGGACUACUGUGUUCACCUGGUUGAGGGCUACCUGCUGGCUGGAGAGAACCUGCCCCCGCUCCAGGCUGAGGACGCCCACUCGCAGCGCCAGUGGCGGACGCUGGAGGCUGUGCGGCAUGUGGGCGUGGCCAUCGUCUCCAGUGCCCUCACCACCGUCAUUGCCACGGUGCCCCUCUUCUUCUGCAUCAUCGCCCCAUUUGCAAAAUUCGGCAAGAUCGUCGCGCUGAACACAGGAGUCUCCAUCCUCUACACGCUCACGGUCAGCACGGCCCUGCUUGGCAUCAUGGCCCCCGGCUCCUUCACGAGGACCAGGACUUCUUUCCUCAAAGCCCUGGGUGCUGUGCUCCUGGCCGGGGCCCUAGGGCUGGGCACCUGCCUCCUGCUCCUCCAGAGCGGCUACAAGAUCCCCCUGCCCAGUGGGGCCUCCCUAUAGCCCCAUCCCGGGGCCUGAUCAUGCACGACUUUGGUCCAGCCGGGGGCGAGGGGUUGAGGGGAAUGAGUUGCUCUCUCUCUGACCCCAAGAGGCACUUUGUUUCCCCGCUCAUCUCCAACUAGCUAGGUUUCCAGGCCUGGGCCAAAGGCACCCUGCAGCCUGGCAUGGGAGCUGAGUCCCUCCAUGCUGUGUGGACUGCACUGCCUUCAUCAUAGCUCUCACCCAGAGCUGGGUGGGAAGCCGGCCACCACCCCCCACUGGGCUGCGGGCAGCUGCAUGGGCGCCGUGCCUGACCAGCCCUUCUCACGUGCCUGGUUUUCAGGGGGUCGGGUUAUUUUUGUAGGAGGUCCCCUCUCACACUGCCUCAGUGCUCACAUCUUUUUAAUGUGGGUAUUAUGGGGCCCCCAUAUGAAAGCUGAGGCACCAAGAAGCAGAAUGACUGCCCUGGAGCUGGAUCAGCGGCAAAGCCUGAGCUGUCCCUAGAACCCCGGGCCUCCCUUGGGGACUUUGCAGGAAGAGCACAGUGGGUUCAGGGCAGGGGCCUCACACCUCUGCCCCCUCUACCCUCCCUAUCAGCUUUACGGUGACCAAGCAGGAUAGCCCGGGGUCCUCCCCAGGUCUUUCGGUGCCGACAAAAGAGGACAGAGGGACCCGGCCUGGGGCUCUGCAUGUCCUACCCCUGGCCUCAGCCUCCAGGGGCUCCUCUAAGACCCUCCAGGGGCCAUUGCAGCCUUCACGGAUCAGAUUCAAGCCCCCACUUCCCCCAUACAACUCGGAGGGCGGAUUUUGGGGGGUGCUCCCUGUGGGGAGGAGCUGGCUGUGCCUGCCGCCUGCUCAUGGCAGAUGGUUCCUAUUAAAGAGAAAUGAAACUGCAGAC